AUGGGGCUCCCUUGCCAAUUGAUGGUAAAGCAAGCCAUUGGACAGGCCAUCAUGCAUGAGGACGGUUUUUCGAAUGGAUUUGAAUCACACUUUGACUUUUUUCUAAUUCAAGAUAGUGCCUCACGGAAGCAGGGAGCUUUGCAGAGUCCUUUGGAGACUGUGGAAAAGAUUGCGCAAGAGAGAGGCUUGGCACCAGAAGAAAUUCAGAACUUGCUGAACAUCGCACUCAGUGCCAAGCUUGGUAAAGAAGACAUGUUUUGGCUUCUCUUUCCCCUUGGCAGCAAAGUAUGUCAAAGUAGCUGCAUUGCCCUGCCUUCUCGCUUACCAAGAACCGGGGCUGCUUCGAGCUUGUGAGAAAUUAUCAAGAGUGAAGUGUUCUAGUGAGUUUCAGGUAACUUGGAAAGCAUGGUAAUGAUGUCUUGGUUCUGAAGAAUGAUAUUUCCCCCAGUCUGACUUAGUUAUCCUGGUGAUGAUUCAGCUAGAUGUUGUACACGCUGACCAUAUUCCAGAAGGGGUUUGUUGUCUUGGCCUUGCUUUGGCUUACUGAGAUCUGUCUUCUCCCUAUAGGUGCUCAUUCUAAAAUGGAUAAUUGUAACGUUUGACUUCAUUGAUCAGAAGGAAAAUAUGAGUGCUCUCUAUGGUUUCUUCUUCCGCUUCUUAAAAUAUGAGAAACUGGUAAGAUAAAAAGGAAUGUGUUAUUUUGAAGGAACUCGCUUUUAUUCUGACAUUAACCCAAAUCAAACAAUAAAGAGUACUUUCCGACCACACAACAGGACACCAUGUGAAAAGUGGGGCCUUAAAAAUACCUCUCCCAUUUCCUUCCUUUUCCUGUCUUGUUCCUUCCCAAUGGGCGCAGGCAGGCAGGUAGGCAGGCAGGUGCAGGCAGGCAGGCAGGCAGGCAGGCAGCUAUCCGAUGUCGAUCCCGCCCGUUCCUCCCUCCACCCCCCUCAAAGACAGCCGCGCAGGCAGCUAUCCGAUGGAGGGGGGGGGGAAUCCUGUUCUGCAUAGAUAUCAAUUCGGGUGUGAUAGUCUUAUGUUUGCAUACUUAUUGGAAAAUAAAAAUAAGUUAUUUUAGAGCUUGUAUUUGUGUGUAUUCAUGGUAUUAUUUGUAGACCCAGUAGAUGGCAGUGUGGUGUGGAGAGUGUUUUUGGCAGCCCGUGAAAGGAUAGAGGGUGGAACGUUGACCGUUCAAAGGCACUAUAAACAAUAUAUAUAUAUAUAUAUAUAUAUCUCCACAUUUUCCUAGCUACGUUUUCCCAUAAAAGUAUACACUCGAAUAAAUUUGAAUCAAAUACAUUUGGAACAAGUGAUUGUUACAUUUAAGGAACAUUCUCUAGGCGAUGAGAUUGGGGGGAAAUACAAAAACCCAUUCGGAUACAUUUGGAUACAUUUAGAAAAGUACAGCAUUUUGAGGAAAAAUACAUUUGAGUCGAAAAAUACAUUCAGAUCCAUUCUUAAAGUCAAUGAGAAAGAUACAGCAAAAAGGAUACAAUUCGAUACAGCGAAAAACGAUCCAUUCCCCAAGGCAAAUACGAUCUAUUUGAUAUUGGUAGGGUCCUUCUCCUUCAUUCCCCUCUCUGACCCUGACUCUCUUACGACACAGGGACCAUCCCAGAGUGUGGGCAUAACUUCUGCCGGUCCGGCCUGAUCCAGUGCAGCGGGGCAAAAACGAGGCUGGCUUCCUUUCCUCAAGGCCGAGUUGGAGUCCAGAGAAGGAGCCUCGUCCGCAAUCGGCAAUUGGCUACCUUUGUCAAAGGAGCCAAGACUCUCAGUCUUCAAGAGGGAAAGGAGGAGUCUGUGAGAAGGACCAGGAGCCCCUGAAACUCUUUUGCAAGGAGGAUGAAGGCCCCAUCUGUGUGGUUUGGGGCAGAUCCAAGAAGCACAAACACCACGAGGUGAUUCCUCUGGAAGAGGCUGUCGAGGAAUACAAGGUAUCUUGAGGGGGAGAAAUAGCUGUGUAUUCUUCUUGGCAGGUUAUCUUCUGAAUUCUCAGAUCCAAAGUAGGCAUGGUAUUCAUUGGUGGUUGUUUAUUACCUUAGAAGCAGCCAAGGGGAAGCCUGAGGGCUGCUGGGAUGGCUGGGAGGAGGAAGUUGAAGUCUUUCUCUCUGCCAGGGGGGCCAAGGGAUCUUCCCUUGAAAUACAGCAGCUUCAUGGGACCAUGGCAGGGAGAGAAAGGGUUAACCUCAUCCACAUCCCCCAGCAAGGUUGCUUUGUACAUAUUUAGAACACUACAAAUGUGAAUUGCACAUGUCUCCUUUGGCUAGCAGGAUGCCUCCUCAAUGCCCUGCAAAGCAGAUAGCAGCAAGGGGUCAGCUGCAAGGGGGUGGGGACUGGGGGCCAGUGUUAUAAGGAAAAAACGGCUCCUUUUCCUUUCUGGGGUACCUCAGAGCCCAUAUAGAGUCCUUUUGUAGCUUCUCUAUCGGUAGGAGAAAAUAACAGAGGCCAACCAGAGAAUAUUGAGAACCAAAGCAGCUAGUAAGCCAGAUCUUUAUUAACUGUUGCAACAGGGUGCUCACCCCCCCCCCACGCAGGAGGGAGGAGGAGACCCCGAACCAAGUCCUUAUACAGUGGUGCCCCGCAAGACGAAUGCCUCGCAAGAUGGAAAACCCGCUAGACGAAAGGGUUUUCCGUUUUUGAGUUGCUUCGCAGGACGAAUUUCCCUAUGGGCUUGCUUCGUAAGACGAAAAUGUCUUGCGAGUCUUGAGAUUUUUUUUCGCUUUCCCCCCUUUUUUCUAAGCCGCUAAGCCGCUAAUAGCCUUUUAGCAGCUAAGCCGCUAAGCCUUUAAUAGCCACUAAACUGCUAAUAGCGCUAAUCCGCUAAGCCGCUAAUAGGGUUGCCUCGCAAGACGAAAAAACCGCUAGACGAAGACACUCGCGGAACGGAUUAAUUUCGUCUUGCGAGGCACCACUGUAUAGACAUUUGAAAUUGCCCACCCUGGAGCCCAAGACCACCCCUCCAUACAUCAUACAUACAUCACAGAAGGGGCGGCCUACAACUCUAGUGUAGGAAAUACACCUUAUUUCUUACUGCAUGGAAAGAAGCCUACGGUACACUACCUUCAUGUGUUUGGUUGUGAGGCCUGGGUGCUUAUUCCAAAGGCUCUACGCAAGAAAGGUGUGCCAAGAUCUAAAAGAAUGAUCUUUGUAGGGUAUGAGCCUGGCUCAAAGGCCUGGAGGUUUGCGUACCCAAGUGGAAACCAGUCUAGGUUGGUUAUCAGCAAUAGCGCUGAGUUCUGUGAACAAGCCGGUUGGAAACGUCUGCACGCUAAUCCAGACGUGAUUCCACAGUCGUUCUAUGACUCAGACGUUGAGGAGGAAGACAAACUCGUUGCUGGGGACCAUGGUCCAGAGCAACAGUGUCCACCACAGGGACAGAGUCCAAGGCAGGGACAGCUGAGGAUCCCUCAGAGGGGGGAACCUAGAACACCUCCUCAGGCAAGUGUUAAGUCUGAGCCAAAGAGUGAGCCUUCCUCACCUGCUGGACCAGUUGUAAGGCCCAAGAGGCGCAGCAGGUCAGAGGGGGAAGACACUGAAGUUGAGGAUGAUUUAGCUGGACCCAGUGAAGCAGCAGGGUUACCAGGAUUCACACUGAGGAGAUCAGCGAGGACAAGGAGGCCUCCUGAAGCUUCAGGCGUCUGGGUAGGUUCAGCCAGGUGUGAACCUGAAUCCUUCGAGGAUAUUCAGAGUUUACCUCAGGAAGAAGCAGGUAAGUGGCACAGGGCAAUGGACAAAGAGAUGAAGUCCAUGGAAGAUCUAGGUGUGUUCUCACUCAUAGAGUUGCCACCAGGCAAGCAGGCAGUGAGUUGCAGGUGGGUUUACCGUUUGAAACCCACUGACACUGGAGAGCCACAGUAUAAAGCUAGGUUAGUUGCUCGAGGAUUCACUCAGAGAAAGGGAAUACACUUCACGGAGGUGUAUUCACCAACGUCACGAGCAGAGACUCUGAGAACGCUUUUAGCUUGUGCAGCACAGAGAGGCUGGAAGGUAAACCACUUUGAUGUGGAUGUUGCCUACCUAAACUCAGAUCUCCAGGAGGAGCUGUACAUGAUUCCUCCUCCGAGGUUUGAGAACUUGAGACAGGGUGUUGUGUGGAGAUUGCACAAAUCCAUCUAUGGAUUACGUCAAUCUGCCAGAAACUGGAACAUGUGCCUGAAUGAAGCCUUAGAAGAGCUAGGUUUCAGAAGAAGUGUUGCAGAUAGUUGCCUUUAUUUGAGAGGACCAGGUGCAACACAAGAGUAUUUGCAGAUUUGGGUUGAUUAUUUGUUAUUCUUCUCAGAGACAGGUGAACAGGCAGAGAAGUUUGCCAAAGAGCUAGGUAAACAGUUCAAGCUUAAGCAGCUUGGUGCUGUCAAAACCUAUCUAGGUGUCAAUGUUGACCGAGCACAGGAUGGAAGCUUCUUGCUCAGCCAGAGAGGCAAAAUUGAGCAAAUGCUUCAGAAGUUCAGAAUGAGUGAUUGUGCAGGAGUGAGAAGUCCUAUGGAGACUAGUUUUGUGAAGGACAGUCAGCAAGUAGAACGCGCUGCAUUCGAAAAUGCUGAAGUGUUUCAGUCAGCCCUAGGGAGUUUAUUGUACUUGUCCCAGUGGAGCAGACCUGAUAUAGCGUUUGCUGUCAAUCUGCUCAGCAGGGAAGCUUCAAACCCUAGUGUGCAAGCCUGGAAUGGCAUCAAGAGAGUUCUGAGGUAUUUGCAGGAAACCAAAGACUUUUGUCUUAGGUUGCCAGCACAAGGAGAAGUCAAACUGACUUGUUUUGUGGACUCGGAUUGGGCUAAUCUUGAGGAUCGCAAGUCUGUGUCUGGCCUAGUGGUGAAGUUUGGGAACUCAGUAGUUGGAUGGAGGUCCAAGAAGCAAAGUCUUAUAGCGCUCUCAUCCACUGAGGCUGAGUUCAGUGCUCUUUCAGAGGUAUGCAGAGAAGUAGAGUUCUAUGCUUGCUUAGUGCAGGAACUCUGCGGAGUGGAUUGUCUGCUGAUACGUGUUUUCGAAGACAGUCAACCAUGCCUUCGUUUGGCUGAGACGGGUCAAUUCAAGGCCAGAACUAAACACCUAGACAUUCGCUUUCAGAAUGUGUGUCAGAGUGCUCAGGAGGGAUUAGUUGCACUGAAGUACUGUCCCUCUGCCAAGAACCUAGCUGAUGGGUUCACGAAGCCACUCUCCUUCCAAAGACAUGGGGAGUUUUGCGAAGGUCUGGGUUUGGAACGACAAAGGGUCAAUUCUCCCCUCAGGCGCGAGACAAGAGGGGGUGUUGGGUGUAGUGAAGGGUUAACCUUCUAUGCCUCGAGCCUGAAGGGAUGGGCUUACAAGGGAAGUAAGCCAGGACGUGACGCAAACAGCUUGGAAUGUUGUGUACUGAGUGGAAAUCGAAAGCAUUCAGUACAGCCUCUGCAAGGAGAGAGAGAAGAUGCAGCUUAACACGGAUGGCUGUUGGAGAUUGUAAAUACGCUAUUUGUUUCCAAUAAAGAGAUAUUAGGAUAGAAGAAACGUCUGGACUUAUUUACUGCCCUUUCGCCACACAGACGCUGUGUAAUUCUGCUAAUUGCUUUACGACCGCUCCAAAGCCACACUGCGUAAACAGAAGCUUCAGAGACUCGCAGGGGAAGCGUGGCUGGGCGCCAAACAAUAAAGCAAUAAAUCUAUUGAAGAGAACAUGUAGUGACGAAGCCGGAAAAUGGCAGGCUCCUUUGGGCAGCAUUUCAGGUGCCAGAAAGGGUCUUUUGGAUCACUGAAAAAAUAGUGUCUGAACAAGAAUAACGGGGCCCCUUGCUUUGGGGAAGGAUCAUCAUUUGGUGGUGUGCCAUAUGCUUUGUAUGCAGAGUCUCAAGUUGAAAGGCACCUCCACCUGAAAAAGGAUUGGGCCACAGAGAGCUGCUGCCAGCCAGAGUAGACUUAAUUAAUUAAUUGUGGGGUUGGAAGGGAUCACGAGGGUCAUCUAGUCCAACCCCCUGCAAUGUAGGAAUCAAAACUGGGGGAGCUCAGAAAUUCAUUCUGACCUGGUAGAAGGCAGCUUUUGAUUUCCUAACAACUCUCUCCAUGAGGCAAAAUGCCUGCACACCUGCAAGGUCCGCCCCUUAAGAAGUUGGACUCCCAAGCCCCAUCAUCUCCAGCUGUUGACCGUGGUCAAGAUCACAGGCCGUGUGUGGAGCCAAAGUUUGACUGUGUGAGCCUUGUGUGUUGCCUCAGCCAGUCCAACAGUCCUGGUGUCUCUCCUGUCUCCUUGCAGUGGGAAGUGCCGUGUGCCAGCAUGGUGUGAGCCAAUCCUCUGGAGAGGAGGCAGCGUGAAUCAGCUCAACUACCAAAGCCACAUGGAAUUGAAAAGGAGCGACCACAAGCCCGUCAGCUCCCUCUUCCUCACAGGGGUAACACUUGCCCUGGUCAGGGCUAUCGUCUAUUCAGGGUUUUUAGUUGCCUGCUAUGUGGCACCUCCUCGAAUCUGGGCAGGCCCUGACCAACAACCAGGCCCCUUUCCACAGAGCUCCUCCUUGGCCAAUGACUUCCGGUGCAAGGAGUGGGCAGGUUUUGGCUCUGUUAAAUCCCUAGGCUUCCAUUCUCCACUGUUCUGAGUACACGCUGCUCCUGCAGGCAUGGCAGACCACAUGGGCUGAACUGUAUACCUUAACCGCUGGCUCCAUUCAUGCAAUGGAGCUUCUGUGGUACUCUGGCUUGGAGCAUUUGGCUUCAGCCCAUUGGGUCUGGAAGUCACAGCCGCUGCCAUCCUGGGGAAGCUCUCAGAGUUACAGUACUUGCCUCUUUCAGGGCUGGGAACAGGGGGGUGCAUCAGGCCUUUCUGCUCUUAACUCAUGCCCCCCCUUUCAGUCCAUAGCCCCAACAAAUGUGCUCUGCCCCCCCCCCCAUAGGUGAAGGUUGUGGCUGACCGACGGUACCGGAAAGUGUUUGAGGAUAUUGUUCAGUUGAUGGACAGGAUGGAGAACGAAUUUCUUCCCUCCCUGGAGGGGAGGUAAAGACGAAUAGGAUCCUCUCCAACCCCUUAAAGAGGGUUUGCUGCAAAAAGACCAGGGGGGAAAGAAGCCCUUGGCCCAUCUAGCUCAGUCUUGAGCGGUUCCCCAGGAUUUCCGGGGGAUCUCUCCCAGCCCUACCUGGAGAUGCUGGGGAUAGAACCUGGGACCUUUGCAUGCAAGGCAGAUGCCCUUCCACUGAGCGGCAGCCUCUUCCUCGCAGGCAAAGACUCCAGGGGUAGCCAGCGUGGUGCCCUCCAGAUGCUGGACUACAACUCCCAUCAUCCCCAGCCAACAUGGCCAGUGGUGCUGGGAAGUUUUUGCCUCUGCGCACGGGUCUGGGAAUGUUCUGAUCAGUUCCCAUUGAGUUCAUGAAACAGUGUACCUUGACCUGUUCUUAACGCAUUGUUGACCACAUCUACGGACUGCAAUUGUUAUGUUCUUUCAAGUCAUGCAAUAUCAAUCACUAGUAACCAUGUGUUCCCUUUCCCAACCCUUAUGAUUAAUGCCCUUGCAUUGUAUUCAUGUUAACCAAUCAGCAACAAGCACAUAUGUGGAAAGGUUGUAAUAUUCAAUAAAAGAGACUCCUCGGGGGCUUGCUCGGGAGAUGCCUCUCACAUGACACCUGCUACUCGUCUGUCGUUAUUUCAACCCAACACAGUGGCAAGUGCAGCAAUAUCUGGAGAGCCACACAUGGACCUGUUGCAUGUGCAGUCCCCUAAAUGAGAGCCCGGGGCCAAGGACAAACUUCCCCCUGGAGCACGUUUCCUUGCCUCUGCUGAAGGCAAGCACUCUCUUUCCUCCCCCCCCCCUUUGCUCUGCAUUUUCCGUUUGAGAAUGUGAAGUUCCGGCAGCUACAGAAGGAGAAGUUCCAGAUCACAAACAACGGGCAGGUCACCCUCCACUUCUCCUUUAUCCCCAAGCUCAGUGACAGCCAGUAUUGUAAGCCCUGGCUUCGCGCUGAGCCCUGCGAGGGAUACUUGGAGCCCAGCGAGUCUCUCUCUGGAAUCAGAGAACUGUAGAGUUGGAAAGGGACCCCAAGGGUCAUCUAGGGAAGGCCUUGGUUUCCUUUUCAUCCCCCCUUUUCUCCUCCUCUUCCCAACCCUCCUCCCUCAAACCUUGGGAGUUUGGUAGAGCAGGGGAGGCUUAACAUUUGUGGGCUACAUUGCCCCAUGCUCAAGCCUCCAAGGGCCACAUGUCAAAGCAGCUGAGCCCAAAGCGCAAAAGUGUGUGUGACCAGCUUUAAAUACACACACACACACACACACACACACACACACACAAAUGAAUUGAAGCGAAACAAUGCUGGUGGGUCCCAAAAAAACUUUUGGCAUCGCAGGGAACCAGUGAGAGCAGUCCGUCCAAAAAUUACUUUUUUUAAAAAAAUAUGCGUAUUUUUAUGUUGUGGAGGCACAAAAAUAUCUUGGGGAACAUAUAGAACUAGCCAAACUUUUAAAAACUCAAUGAAAUGUAAACUAAAAAAGAAAGUUACAUUGGGGCGCAAAAAUCCUUUAAGAGACAAAUAAAUGCUUUCCCUUUUUAUAUUCUUUUGUUAGGAUCACUUUCUCUCACCCCCCAGUAUCCUGUCACCAUCUUCUGUGCAGCUGCUGCUUUGGAGGAAUAGAGAGGAAAGUGGGGUGGGGGUGGGAACUGAGUCGCUUCUUUUCCUAAUUCUUGAAGUUAAGGUUUUCCCCAUACACCUGUGAGAACAGGAGGCUGUACUAGAUGGGCCAUUGGCCUGAUCCAGCAGGCUCCUAUUGUGUCCUUCUGUUCAAUUCUUCACUGUCUUCACUUUUAAUUUACAGACAAGCCAACUUGGCUGUGCCAAAGAGUGUAUCUACCUGACCUCCUCCCGUUUUAGGUGAGACGGACAUUUCCCUGGAUGUGUACAUCAGCAAGGAAGAGAAGAUUGAGGCUAUCUUUGUCCUUCACCUUGACCCUGGCAAGGACUAUUUCCUCACCCUCAGUGGGAGCUACCUACCAAGCUGCUUCGGGACCUCCUUGGAAGCCUUGUGCUGGAUGAGGCAGCCGAUUGGCGAAGUUCCCGUCACCAGACUUAUGGACCUGGUAGGGAAAGGGGUUGAUUUACCUGGCAGGUUCAUGUGCUGAAUGUCUACCCUUCCCACUCUGCUUGCCUGCUUGAAAAACAGCUGCUCUUCCACUCAGCAAUGUGGGGGCUGGGGGUCCUUCGCUGCAUUCAGCGUCACCUUCUGUAGCUGUGCAUCCGCUUCCUGUGUGCUGUUCAUGCCCUUUGUUUGCCUUGACUGAGUCAUCCCAGGUUCUGGUCCUCCCACCUGCCCUUUCGCAGGGCCACUGAACCGUGUGCAUUUCCCUGCCAUCUGCCCAGAUACUGUUCAGCCAACGGGCUGUUUCUUUCUCUUCUCAGGGCCUGUGCCAUUAACACCCUUGGUUGUCUUUUGCUCUUGCCUUCCUCCUCUGAUCUCAGGGAGAAGACAGCUUCCUAGAAAAGGUAACAGUUGGUUUGGUAUCCUCUAGAUGUUCUUGUAGCGGGCUCAAAUCAGGUACAGGCAACGCCCCGUUUACACGGGGGUUGCGUUUCGAGGUACUGUGCGUUUAAAUGAAAUUGCGUAUAAUGGGGACAGCAUUGGAAAAUCCUGCAAACCCUCUCUAAACUUCCGGAAACCCUUUUGAAAGGCCUUUUGAAAACCAGCAGCACUUGCCAGCCUCCCUGCAAAACUCCUUGCUCCAACUCUCCACAGGCCUGAAAGGUCGGUGCCAAAGCUCCUGGGAGGGAGUCGAGGUGCUGUUUCCAUGUCGCUUUGCCGCUUUUGUGCUCUUGGGGGGGACAUUUUUGCCCCUUCAAGUGCCCCUUCCAGUGUGCAUGUGCCCCGAAGGCACGUAAAUGGAGUUGCCCUUGUCAACGAUCAGCAGCUGCUCCAUGCAGUGGCAGCUGGUCCCUUAGGGCAAACCAGGCACUACCCCACCAACCUUGUUAGGAUAAGAUUUAUUGCUUUACUCUUGGUGUCCGGCACACUUCCCUGUGGCUCUGCAGGUCGUAAAGCAAUUAGCAGAAUUGCACAGCGUCCGUGUCGAAAGGGCAGUAAAGGACGUCCCACACGUUUCUUCUUUUCUAGUAGCACUUUAUUUGCUCAAAAAUAGCAUAUUUACAGUCCAUCUGAUUCAAGCUGCAUUUUUGCGACCUGUCUCUCUCAGCAGCUGCGUAGCAAAGCUGCUUUCACUUUUCACUCAGCUCACAGCAUUCCAAGCUGCUUUCGUCACGUCCUGGCUUACUUCCCUUGUAAGCGCCUCCUCUCAGCCUCGAGACACAGAAGGUUAACCCUUCACUACACCCAACAAACCUGACUUUCCUCUCAGGCAACCCGCACCUGCCUGCCUUCUGACUCAAAUCCAGUCCAGGUGGUGGCUCUAGCUCUCUGCUUUGGUCUCUUCCCUAGUCUCAACGUGGCCCUUGUAGAACUCGGCAGAGGAGAACGGAGACGAAACCAGAAUUUGCCAUCCCUGCUUGUCACUGAUUUUGCGCUGCUUGACUUUGGGUCCGCUUGCGAUUGGCAGCACGGGAGGCAGAAAGCCCAGUUUUAUGAUGCAGGCGCCAGCCCCCUCUGGCCCCAAGAGCCAGUUUUCUCCUUGUCUCUGUGCUCAGCAACUGCUGCACAGACUAUGCCACUCUGGCUUACUCUUACCACCUGAGCACUGGCAUUUGGGAAGCAGUAGUGGCUGCUUUGGGGUGGCUCAGGGAAAUGUCACUCCUCUCGAAAUCAGAUCUACUUGGGUGUAUUAUUCUAGCCACAAGGAGACAGUGGUGACUGUCAAUUUGGACAGCUGUAGACAUUUAGAACCAUGGAGGAUAUGUUUAUCAGUGGCUACCGGUCAGGGCUAUUUCUUGCCACUAUUAUCACAAACCACAUGCUUUUGAUUACCAGUUUCUGGGGAACAUGAUGGACAGAGUGCUCUUGUCCCCGUGUCCCUAUGGACUCCCAAGGGCAUGUGGUUGGCCAUUGUGGGAACAAAAUGCUGAUCUAACCCAGCAAGGCUCCUGUGUUCUUUAGCAUGCACCAGCUACUCUUGCACUAAGACUCUGAUACAGCAUGUGUCAUUCCCCACACCAAUACUCUCUCUCUCUCUCUCUCUCUCUCUCUCUCUCUCUCUCUGCAGGGGCGGGGAGUAUUGGCGGAGGGGGAGGGGGGAUGAACUGGGUCCUAAUCAACAGCUGCCCUGGGGAUGAGGGGAUCAAAUUCUCCAUCCUUGCCAGCUCCUUUUAGUGAUGGGCUGCUUGCCAUUGCUGUGCUCCUAAAGCUCUCUUGCUCCCCCCUCCUCUCUUUCUCUUUCUCUUGAAUGUGGUAGCUUGAGAUAGAACUAACCACCCUGAACAUUUCUGGAGAGGAAGAUGGGAAGGAGGCCGGAGGCAUUGUUCACCAGCUGCUGUGUGCUGCAUUGCCCAUACAAAGUCGUGGGCUGGGGCUCCAGCUGUUGCUCAGUUUCUACCACUGCCUCUGCAACGUGCUCUAGACAAGGGGUGGUGAACAUGUGACCCCAUCAUCUCAUCAUGCUGGCUGGGGCUGCAGCCCAUCAACCUAUGAAGGCCCAUCCAUGUUCUGUUGCUGUUUUUGUUACUUAUUUCCUGCCCUUCACCCUAAGGUCCCAGGGCAGGUUCCAGCAAUUUAAAUAAAAUGUUAGCCAAACCUCAUGUCCACAGCUGCAUAUUCAGUAAGCUUUUGGGUGAACUGCACAUCCGGAGUGGGAGGAUUACGAGCUGCAUAUUAAUAGGGGGAGGGGGAGCUUGGAUUUGGGGUGCGUGCAAUUUGUUUUUCGUUUCCCCACUUGAGAUGCUUGCUGUGGCUAGGGCCGGGCGAUAUGUCAAUAUAGAUAUAUUUUCAAAUCAGCUUGAAGUCUAGAUAGUGAGACUGGUUUCAUAAUUUCUGACCUGGCAAUAUAUUGCGAAUCAUGAUGUGUGUGUGUACUAUGCAAAAAACACCAUGUGGGGGGAAACUGUGAAGCCAGACAAUCCUUCUCUAGAUUCCUGCAGCCCCUGUGGACUCUGCUGGUUCAGCUUUCCCCUGCCCUCCUGCAGGGGGCAGCAAAAAUCACAAUGCGGGGGAAACCGUGAAGCCAGCCAAUGCCUCUACAUAGCUCCAUCUUAUUUCAGACAUCGUGAUAUAUUGGUGUAUUGCAAUCUUUAGCUAGUGAUAUAUCACCGUGUUGAAAGCCAGCUAUCGCCCAGCCCUAGUUGUGGCCUCAGAGGGCAAGACUUGUCCACCCAGCUGGAGCAAGGAAAGAAUGCAUACAGGCACACAUUCUGUCAGGCUCUCAUGCCAGUCCCGCUUGUCAUUGGACCUCCAGGAGAAGCAGUUUCUGGAUAUCGUACCCCAGGAUGGUGAUGACUCCACUGAGCGGCCAAGGAGAUCUGGCUUUUGGUGGGCCACCUCUUCAAGAAUGCCUGCCACCAGGUGAGCUGAGGGGGACUGUACCAUUGAAAGGAUGGGUGUUGGCUGGAAUCCAGUACCAGUUUUGGGGUGUGCAGCUUCCAAACGCCACAAUUGAUUUAUAUCUUAGCUACCGACUCGCUCUUACAAACUCCUGCUGUGAGUAUAGUGGCACCUUGGUGGAGCGGCAGCGGGUGGGACAUCCAGCAUACGGUCUUCCUUAGAGCGGCUCAGAAGAACCUAAGUGUUCACAACCAUUGUCUGUCUAUCCCUCGCAAAGCAGCUCUCUGACACUCGCCACUAGAAGACGAGGGGAAUGAUUUCACUCUCCCAUUGCCCCAAAUCAUGAGAAGGGUAGUAGGAAUGCUACUGUGGAAAGCAGGCGGGAUACAAUUUUCAGCCCUUGUGCCAGCUCUCUUGGUGAUGGGCUUCUCUCCAUUGUGGCAUUCCUCGACCUCACAUUAUGCACCCCAGGGCUGGAUUGUUCUGCAUGCUAUCCAGGAUGUACCUCAUCCCUUCCUAACGCAUGGGUGAUACUCUGCUUCAGGAGGACCUCUUCCAAACCCCGGGCAUGCAGGAUGAGCUGCAGGAGAGAACUGAGUGCCUGGACACCAGCAUUCCUGAGACGAUCUGUAACCUCUUUGGGGGACAUUGUUGGGGAGUAGGGCUGCUUGGUGGUUUUCUUUCACUCUUGGCUGGAGUGGACCUCACUUUUAUAUACCUGGUGGCUUAGGUUCCUAGGCCACCCCAUCCUUAAGGCUCUGGGACACAGCACAAUGAAAUGCCCACAGUAAAGUCCAGUCAUGCAUCCAAACAGCUUCACAGCUUUAACCCAUGUAAUGGGUUUAGGGGUUGCUCGUGUGUAAGUUGCCGCCACUCCUGGCUAGGUUACCUGGUUAACGCUUUCUGACUGAACAGCCUCCAGCAUCGUGACUGUCUCAGUCACUGGCAGAAUCCGUCAGUGGGCGUUUCUUAAACUUCUUCCAGCACAAAAGUUCCUUGACGCCAAGUCUCCUCCUACUCUCCCUGCGCGGAAGUCUUCUGCGCAGGGAGGGUGUGGGCAGUGGAGUACCCGUACUCUCUCCGCUGGUCUCCGGCGAGGAGUCUUGGAGCCUCCUCCCCGAUUCCCCCAUCUGCCCCCCUUCUCUACUGGUGUUACGCUGAUUUCCUUCCCCAGCAGAUGGGCUCCCUCUCUCCCUACUGGGACCCUCUCCGCCAUCCCUUUGGAGCCUUCCCUCCGCUUCCAGCUCCGAUGGCAGUUCCCUGACAACCCCCAUUUGAAAACAUCAGCCUGGCUAGAUAGAGCAGAGGUGGGGAACCUUGACAGGCCCGCAGGCCCCACAUCUAGCAUCAUACGUGGUGUCAGGUGUGGAGACAGGUAAAGACAUGGCUGCAAAGGAGCUUCAAUUGUUCUUUGGCAAGCAGGGUUUGUUGACCGCACUUUUGGAGUUGACCACUAGUAUUUGUUGUUUGGAUUGAAACCAUGCCUGCAGAAGGACAUUUCCUCGGCAGAUCAGCUUUGCAGGCAGCUUCGUCAAGAGGGGAGGUGUGGGAUAAUUACAGUGGGAUGGCUCAGCUGGUAGAGCGUGACACUCUUAAUCUCAGGGCUGCGGGUUCAAGGUCCACCUUGCGCCAAAAGGGGGAACUUGCAAGGUGGGCCCACAUGUAUAAGGACCAAGCUUCUUGCUUUGGACCAGCCUGGGAAGGAGGCAGGGUGCAGGUAACAGGACAGAACACUUCCCUUGCCAGGCUGUCAAUAGCUGGCAGUGACCACUCGGUGGCCGAAGCUCUGCUCAUCUUCCUGGAGGCAGUGCCAGAACCAGUCCUUUGCUAUGAACUGUAUCAACACUGCCUUGAGUGCUCACAUGACAGCCACCUCUGUCGCCAGGUUGGCCCCAGAGCCCCAUCUCUUCCUGGCUGGUCUGUGGUGUGUACAGAAGCAUAGAAUCAGAAGGGAUUUCCAAAGUCAUCUAGUCCAAAUCUUCCGGGGUGGCGCCAUCGGCAAUGGCGGACUCCCUCUGAACUGGAGGGACCAGCUCCGCAUGAAACGGGUCUUUUCCGCUGCGGCGAAGCGGGGACCCUUCUGGAAAUCACAGGCGGAUGAAGCCUGUGACCGUGGGACUCGGCAGGCACCCUUAGCGCCCCCCCAACCCGCAAAGGAACCCACAAACGGGCUCCGAAGCGAAGAGGGGGAAGUGGCGCGGUGCUGUGAGUCAAUCGCUUUUUCUGCGGAGCAAAGCCGCAUAGCCGUUGCCGGAGAGCGCUGCCUUUUUCCUGGGACAAUUUGGCAUCUAAAAUAACCAACCGUGAGUACUGGAACAUUGAAUAUUUGGACUUUAAAUAAGAACUGGCGAAAUAGAAAGGAAUUUGGACUUAAAAAUUCACCUUAAUUUGGUACUGAAACGGGAAGGUUUAAACAGGAAGUCCGCCUUCCGUUUCCUGUAGCCAGAACAAAGCAAAGACAACGCAAACUAGAGCUUUAAAAAUCACUUUUAAAGGAUUGACUUUCAUCAUUUAAAAUAGCUGAACCCCCCUUCGGUAGCAGGAGAAGAAGGGGGAUCUUUUUUGAGCUGUUUAAACCUGCAGAAGUGAAUCUAAAGCAAAGUAAUUUUCCACCGUCCUGAUCCUGGAGCGGGAUGUCAGAAUUGACGUUUGAAGCUCAUUGACCAGAAACAAAUGUCUUUGACAGAUAGUUAAAAGAAGAGAAACAUAGUGACUCCAUUGCUUCCUUUCGCAUUUUAAAAGAACAAAUAUGGACAAAAUAUCUUAAAAAAGAAACUUUGUUGCUAUUGUUUUUAAGAGAAAGAACAACCAGAAGUUUUUCCCCCUAGAGGGGAACUGUGAAAUUGUAAGUAAUCCCUGGGAGCUUGCAGCUGUCAUUGAUUACAACCGUGGGAAAGGGUUUGUGACCUUGCAGGACAAUGUCUUCAGAAGCACUGUUGGGUGCUUUCUGCAAAAUAAAUGCCCUAUUGGAUCAGUUAAGCCAGAAGACGGAUUUGAUGACUAAUGCGGCCAGAACCUUUGAACAGGUAGUGGGAAACUAUAUGGAGCCCACCCAGGAACUAAAACAGGAGUGUGCCAUGAGAGAACAGCUGAGAGAAGAGGAUUCUGCUGAAUCUUGGGCGCCAGAGACGGAGGGAGCUGUGGCCCAGCAGGAAUAUAAAUUUUUGGAUUUGACAAAUGAACUUGGAAAAGACCAGACUUGGAAAGAUAAAAUUUGGUUUGGUUUGGAAAUGGGGGUUGGAUAGACCCCCUAUACAGGAGAUUUGGACUUUUCGAGUCUGGAAAGGGGCCGUCAGAUGUCUGGAGCUGUGGGGGCUCUCAACUUUGAAGGGAAUCUGGAACAUGUUUUUAAAUACUACAUUGAGUCUAGUCUGGACUAUGGAAAAGGGACUGUUUUGUUGAAAAGGGUCAAAAACAUUACCAAGCUGGAGUUCCCACGAAUAAAAGGAAAAUAUGAAGAAGAGCUGCGGAAGGGACAUGGAAGAGACUUGAGGGCCUCGGAUAUAAGAUUGCCAGGUUAAUGUGCUAGAUUAAUAAGAUAAAAAGGACUGACAAAACCCGGGACCAGGAGGAAGGGACGCUGGAUGAAGAUUGCAUUGCUUAUUUUUCUAUUUUUAUCAUUAGGACUGUUUUAUAAAAUUGAUGAAUGUUAGGAAAAUGUUGAAAUGAAAUUAUUUGGCUCUUAUAAAAAAUGUUUAAAGAAUUAGGUAAGAAUGUUAUGGUUAGGAGAAGUUGGUAAAAAUUAAGAUUUAAGUUCUAAACUUUAAGGUUGUUGUUUUUUUAUAAGAUAAGAUGAAAAUAGAUUAAGGUAAUGUGAUGACAGAAUACUAUGAAUUAUGGAAAGGAUUUGCUGUGAUUAUUAUAAAUCAGGAUACAGGAAAAGGGAGGAGGAGGAGGUCAAGGAAAGAAGGUAUUGAAAGUGGAGAAUUGGAGAAAGAUGGUUUUACUUUUUCUUUUUCUUUUUUGUCUUGUUUUUUCUUUUGUGUAAUUUAAAAAAAAAAUCUCAAUAAAUAUCAUUUAAAAAAAACAAAACAAAGUCAUCUAGUCCAAAUGUUGCCGCGAGUAACAGGAAAUCCACUAAAACAUCCCUGAAAGCCAGUAAACCGGCACACUGGCAGGAGGGCUAGUCUGGUCUGGGAAGCCUUGUUAACUGCAGAGGUUGCUGAUGUCUCCUUUGAUAACCAUCCCUCUCGGUUGUGGAGGGGGGUGGGGUGCGCACAUGUUGCCUUUUUGCUUUCUGACCAGGACUUGUAACAAUAGCCCACCUGUUUCAGUGAACCUCGCUUGAAUUUCCAACCCAGGAAGCGGCCAUAUACUGGGCCAUCUAGCUCAGUAUUGUCGAAAUUGACAAGCAGUGGCUCUCCAGGAUUUCAGACAAGGGAUGUUCCCUACCCUCCUGGGAGAUGCUGGGGGUGGAGCCUGAGACUUUCUGCAUGAAAAGCAGAGCAAUGGCCCUUCCCCCAAGAUAUCUCAGUUGGUAGAGCAUAAGACUCUUCAUCUCAGUGUCCUGAGUUCGAGCCCCACCUUAGGCAUUGCAGGGGGGUUCGAUUAGUUAACCCUCGUGGUCCCUUCCGACUCUACAGUUGUAUUAUUCCCCAAAGUUCCCAGCAGGGUUCUAGUCCGGUUACCAUUUUAAACAUUCUUUUUUAAUGCCAGGUCUAAGCCUGCAAACACAACAAGUACACCGUGCUAGUGAUCCAUGCCCCUCCUCUAGCAAAGCUCUGCACUGAAACUCCAAACCGCCCCUCCCUGUCUUGCCGGUGAUCUGCCAGUUGCCGCGGUCGCACCAGAACGUGUUCUGCUUCGUGGUGGCUUUCCUGCGGGAGCUGCUGAAAUACUCUGAGAGCAACAACGUCAGUGGCAACAUGCUAGGUAAGGCCUGCCUGUCCUGGCUGGGAGCUGGCCUUCCUCCUGCUCCCGCCUCCUCUCAUGCAAAUGUUUUCGCUUCCCUGCAGCCACCCUCUUCGCCAGCCUCCUGCUACGGCCUCUGCCCAACCUUCUGCCGAGUGCCAUCGGCUUCCUCCUGGGCUUCCUGCUGGGGGCGGAUGACUACGAAAGGUGCCAAGCGUGA